UAUUAUUGGUAAAGUGAAUUUCGAGAACGAGUCGAGUGCAGUGGGACGUCCAUAGUUCGCGUUUGUCGAUCGAAUCACACGCAAUUACACCUCUCAAACUAACGUUAGGGUUAAUUUGAAAUUGUUGGUAAUGGGUUCCAGGACAUCCUCACUCCUUCAGCAGGAGGAAAUUGAAGAAAUUCAGCAAGAAACUGGUUUUUCUCCUAAACAAAUUGUUCGCCUGUACAGUCGCUUUACAAACUUGGAUAAGAGUGACAGAGGCAUGCUCAGGGUUGAGGAUCUUUACCGGAUUCCAGAGUUGGUGAUCAACCCAUUAGGAGAACGCAUCAUCCAGACUUUCUUCCUUGAAUGUGAAUCUGAUCAGAUUAACUUCAGACAAUUUAUGAAGACCUUGGGCCUCUUUAGACCCUAUCACAAGAAACAUGAUGGACUUGAAGCUAUCAACACAAGAGAAAAGAAACUCAAAUUUGCCUUCCAAAUGUACGACGUUGACAACGAUGGCAGCAUAGCACGGGAUGAGCUGCUGGUAUUACUUCAUAUGAUGGUUGGAAGUAACAUCACAGAAGAACAGCUUGGUGCUAUCGCAGACCGUACCCUCACAGAAGCAGACUUAGAUCAAGAUGGUCAGAUCUCAUUUGAUGAAUUUCUCAAGGCCCUUGAGAAGUCUGAUAUCGAGCAGAUGAUGAGCAUUCGCUUCCUCAACUAGAGUCCAGCAUUCUGCAAAAAAUAUCAAAUAGAUCAAAACUAUGAAAAACUGAAAAUGCAAGAAAGAUUUGGAAGUAUACAAGAGUCUGAUGUGCCAUUCAGAAUGUCUGGAGUUAAUGACAACCAUGCUUCCUGCUUGUGGAAAUACUGUAGGUCUAUACUAGGCCAGAUGGCAGUUGGUGUUUUCAAGGAUGUUUAGAGAUGCAAAAUUCUUGUCUUGAUGUUGUAACAAAUGAAGACGCUCCAUUCCAUUGAACUAAAUUCACAAUCAUCACCCUUUGUGUCAUAGCUGCUGCACACACACAUACCAGAACUACCUUUGAAGUGAUAAACCGACAAUGCUGUAGUCAAGAUUAAGGAUGAUACAUCCUUGGAGAAUGGCUUUGAUAAGAUACUCCAUGAGGAUACCAUGUAUCAUAUGUAAAUACGCCAUUCUGUUUCAUACAGAUGUAAAGGUUUGUCUUGAAAUAAUGAAAUAACUAUACCUAUUACAUGAUGACAAGUGUUGAGCUGUAAUGAAAUUGCAAAGGCACUAACUUCUACUUUUUCAAAAUUGUAUCCUUAUGUUUGAUAACUGGGUACACUUCCGGUUUGGGGAAAAUUCUUAUGUAUAUUGUGCUCCUGGAGAUAUCUCAAGUAAAAAUGGUGAACUAUCUUUUUUCAACCAGGAGUAUCAUGUUUCAGCCCUAAACACACUGCAAUGCUGGUUCCAUUCAACAUUCCUGAACUUCUGACUUAUGAUUUUCAUUACAGAUUGAGCAUGCGAUCUUAAACACAUAGGAGUAAUCCCAAAAAUUUUCAAAUUCCUGAACUUGUUUAUCAAGAAAUGUAAAUUUUAAGGUUAUAUUAGUCAACUGCCAGGUGUUGUGUCUUUGCUUUGAAUUUCAUAUCAUCUUCUCUUGCUUGCCACCUGCUCCACUCUGGAGAUAAGAUCAUAAUUAACCAAAGUUGAAAGAGUACUGAAUUUUGCACAUGUACAUUUUGUGAUAAUGAUUGAUCAUUUGUAUAUUUCAUUUUUAAUAGUAGGCAUAAAUAGGCACAUAAACCAUUGAUUUAAAUUUAUCUGAAGAUAAAUUUAAGCAGGUUUUGUCAAGGAUGGGAUUUUGACUAAAUACACAGUGGCUUGUCACAUUUAUCUCUGUGACCAGACAAGUUUUUUUUAAUUAUUUUUUGACAUGCUAUAAAUUGGUUGGGAUCUGGAAAUCAUAUGUACUUUGUUUAAUUUUUCACAUGAUUUCAUUUCUUUGUUUGUAGCUGGUAAUAGACAAACAACAGUACUUGAUAUGAGAGUUAACUAUUAUUUUAUUGUUAAUGUAAAAAAAAAAAUCACCAUUAUUUUUAGAUAUUAUGUCUUUAUCUUGUAUUUGAUGUAAGUCUAAAAUAUCAAUUUAUAAUGAUUGAUUAUUGAAACUCAGAAAGUGAAAUCAUUGUUAGCUUCACAAUUUGUGUGAAAUAUUAUCAUGUUUUUAAUUCACAGAAAUAGUUGUAUUUCCUUAGUGUCUUGUCCAAGACAAAGCAAGGAUUGUUAAUGAACAAAAGUUACAAGUGAAAAAGGAGAAAAAUGUCAUUACUAUCCUUUCUAUUCCUAAUGGACUGCAAAACAUAAAAAGUAGACAUUACUUCUGAAGUUUUUUUUUUUCAUUAAAAAAAUAGAAGAUCACUAUGCAAAAUGGCCUCCAUGCAAUGCCAAGGAAUUGAAUACUGCAGUAUCUGCAAAGAAUAUAUUGACUUAUAGCUUACACAUAUGUGUUGGUUAAUCAUCAUCAUUCUUGCAGAAAAAAUAUUAUCCAAUCUUAAGAUAUUUGAACUUGGAUUAAUGAUAUCAACAGUGACCAUGAAAACAUUAUGUUAGAUUAUAAUAUAAUCUGUGUGAACUAAUUAUGUAUAGUUAUAAUGGUAUUGGAUAUAUCUUUAACUUUAAUUUAUUUUUCUCUUGAGAAUUCAAGUAAACUAAUCAGCCAUCUAUGUGGGGUUUAUUUGUUCAGUAAAUUAUAUUGAUUACAACACCAUGGUGUAAUACUCCUGAAUCCCAGCAAUUAUUCUAGUAUAAUUCUCUAGAAACUGUGAAAGGGCUUUAAGGUAUACACUUGAUAUUUACCAAUUUAUUGUACUUACAAGCAUAGAUGUACAAGUUCAUUGAAGCCUGCUUUGCAUAGAAGGUACUCCUGUUUAUAAAGACUACAAGUUUGGUUUCCAUUGAGUUAGUAUUCCUCAUUGAAACACGUAAUUCUUCCUUUCAAUUAACGGCGGUCAAGAUUUGAGGAAGCAUUCGAGAAAUAGAAUUUAUUCCUACUGGGUAGGCCUAUUCAUUCACCUCACCUGGGUUGAGUGAAGCACAAAGUGGCUAAAUUUCCUGCUGAAGGAAAACAUGCCAUGACUAUAAAGAAUUAAACCCACAUCCCUUUUGUUGAAAGACGAGAGUCGUAUAACUGAUUGCUUGUUAUAAGAAUAUGAU